CAUUUUUCAUUCUGCUCUUUUCAUGAUGCAAGGGCGACUUCUCUCGUUGGCGCUUGCUGUGGCGCUGCUGGCGAUCGCCGCGACGACGACGACAGCGUUGCCCGUUGCUGUUGUUGUGGAUCCGCUGCGCCCGCACGUCCACCUGCACACGCCUGGGGACGCCUCGAAUGCAGCACCCGAGCAGCUGCACAUUGCGCUGACCGAGAACAGCGGCGAGAUGCGCUUCAUCUGGGUGGUGCAGGUGCCGUUCAACACGACGGGCGCGCUGCUCCAGGGCCAGUGCCGCGUCGGGCUCGCUGCCGGCCAGUACGUCGCCUCGUUCAACGCCACCAGCGACUCGUACUUUGUGCAGGGCUUCAACGGCACCAUCUUUGACGCGGUCGCCUCGGGCCUCCAGCCAGACACCCGCUACCACUACCAGUGCGGCGACGCCAGCUCGGGCUUCACUGCCGACACGGCCUUCCUCAACGCGCCCGUCCCCGGCACAUCCCGCACCGUCAACAUUAUCAACUGGGGCGACAUGGGCGUCAAGGACUCUGCGCACAGCGUGGCAGCCAUCACCGAGGAUGUCAACACGGGUCUGUACGAGCUCAUCAUCAACGCCGGCGACUCGAGCUACCAGGACGACUUCCCGACCCCGAACGCCUACAUUUGCGACAACUUUUACAACCAAAUCCAGCCGUUCGCGUCCAAGAUGCCCAUGAUGCUCGUCGACGGCAACCACGACACGGCUCAAGACUACGUCCAGUGGCUGCACCGUGUGCGCAUGCCCAAGCCGUGGACUGGCGACGGCCCGCUCUCGCGCUUCUACUGGUCGUUCGACUACGGCCCAAUCCACUUCCUCGUCUUCUCGACCGAGAGUGGUCACGACACUGCGCCUGGCUCUGAGCAGCACAACUUUAUGGUGGCCGACCUCCAGCGUGUCAACACCCGCCGUAACAUCACCCCGUGGGUCGUCGUCCUCACCCACCACCCUGCCUACUGCAGCGAUCUCCUCCACUACGAGCGUUGCCAUCCCGAGGCCCAGCAAUUCCGCGAGAACUACGAGGAGCUGCUCUUCCAGAACAAGGUUGAUCUCUACGUGACUGGCCACAACCACGACUACGAGCGCUCAUACCCUGUUCACAAUGGCACCGUCGUCAGCAAGAGCUACCACAACAGCGGCGCUCCCGUUUACAUUGUGAACGGCGCAGCUGGCAACGUCGAGGGCAGCGAGAGCUUUUUCGAGCCCGGCAUUGAAUUCCGCGCUGCUCACGGCAUCACCACCAACAAGGGCUACGCUCGCUGGCACGUCAACAUGACCCACUUUGACUGGGAGUACUUUGAUGCCUCGCACAAGGUUGUUCUCGACCGUGUCACCCUGUCCAAGUACUGAAAACAGCCCCCCUCGACUUCUAUUCCCAUGACGGUGGUGGUUUGUUCUUCAGUGACACAUUUGUUGAUAACAAAAACUCUCCCUUUUGAAAGAAUGACAAAGAAUUUGG